AUGUCUGAGGAUAUUGCUGGAUCUUCAUUUCUUGGAACAAGUACCAACUUCUUUUUACCCGAAUCCAGGACAAUGUCUUUUGCAGUAGAUGAGGAAGACCCUUGGAGCGCUGCGGGAUUUGACCCCGUAAACGAUAUGAGGCAGCCUUUAACACAAAGCCAGACCAUGGACGAACAGUUGGUGACUGAAGGUAUCACUGCUGCGAAUGUGUUGGUCGGAGUCGAUCUACCUGAAGUGUUCGAUACUGCUUACAUUCGUGCGGGACCUGUUGGAGAUCGAGUGAGCGUAGAAGCAUUGGAAGUGAUCAUCGGGCUAGGAGGACUUGGGCCGCGUGUAUUUGAACAAAUUGCUGCUUUGAUUGUGCCUUCAAAUGCCAUGUAUGUGACAAGAAAUGAAUUCAAUACUGGGUUGGCUUUGCUUGGAUUUGCUCAGAAGAAUAUGGAGCUGUCUCUGUUGAAAGUAUACCAGCACAGAAAUGAUUUACCGAUUCCACUAUUAUCAAACCUCAACAACGUAUCAAUAAAGCGGUCCAAUCCCCUUAUGGCGUCCAACACUAAAUCUAAACGUCGACAAAGCUUCGACGAUGAUCCAUGGAGGAUUGCAUCAACACCGCCUGCCGCAAACAAUGGAUUUCCUUAUCAGGUGAAUGACAGUAUCGACGUUGCUAUUGCCGGAAGAAACACAAAUGACCCCACUGUUCUGACUUCAACUGGGCUUGAUACUAGCAACCAAACAUCUGACAAUGAUACAACGACAGCCUCAGCGGCAAAGACAACAGUACCCAAGCGAUUUGUGCCUGUGGAUGUUAUCACGGACAAAGCAUCGACUCAGGCAUUAGUGAAAGCAUCUACCGAAAGUUACCAAUGGUUUCUGGACCUAGAUCAAAUUACUGUAACUGUCGCAGAAAAGGAAGGCUUCUUAUUCACACACAUUAAUUACUGGGUCCACAGCAAUCAACGUCAAACAUCCGUAAGACGACGAUACAGUGAUUUCUACUGGUUUUGGGAAACUCUGUUGAAACGCUAUCCCUUUAGAGUUAUUCCAAAUCUGCCACCUAAAAAGAUUUCAGGAAAGGACAAAGCAUUUCUUGAAAAGAGAUGUCAAGGCUUAUCACGUUUUAUAAAUUGUAUUGUGCGACAUCCUGUGUUGAAAAAUGACGAAGAAGUAAUCACAUUUUUAACAGAGCAAACGGAGUUCCUAGCUUGGAGAAGAGCUAAAUUGCCCAACUUGGAGGAAGAAUUUGUACGAGUUAACCCGCAGACGGAAGAACUGGAGACAUUUAUACCUAAGGAUUUGGACUCUCGCAUUGAGCAAAUCAAGAGCAGUUUGCCCAGCUCCAUUGAAAAGUACGAUACCUUAUGCUCUGUUAUGGAAAAGACAAUCCGACUGAAAGAGGCGAGAGCUAUAGAGAUGAGGCUAUAUAAUGAUACCUUGAAGGAACUGAGAGACGUUGAGCAUCAAUGCUUUGUACCCAACUGUCAAGCAUGUGGACAAGUGGUUCGUGGCUAUGAAAACGUCGGCACCUACCUAAGUAAUGACAGUUCGAUUAUCGAGGCUGAAACUGCCUCUGCCAUCACUGGUGUGCUUGAAAACUUGAAGAGACAUCGAGACAUAUCGGGAUCCUUUUUAGAAAUGUUGGAUCGAAAGUCCAAAUUAGAUGCAAACCAGAUCAGUGCUCUCUACAAAAAGAUAGCUGCAAAUACAGCCAGAGUAAAUCAAAAUAGAGGAGUUCCUGGAUUGGAGUCUGAAGUAGAGCGCUUAGAUACCACCAUCAAAGCAGAUACCGAAAAAAUGAUUUACCAGCAGAGAAGAGAUACCUAUAUCCGCUAUUGUUUAGCAAGCGAGUUAUCUUAUUUGCAUAAGCAGCAGGCAUUUGUUUCAUUGCUCUAUCAGAACUAUGUUCAUGAGCAAUUGCAAUAUGCUCGUAGAACUGUUGACAACUGGAAAGCAUUGGAGGCCCUUUUGUGCGAAUUGCCAAAACCAGAAGACUUUUCUUGA